AUGGCGGCAAAUGAUAAUUACCAUCCAGGAGGACAACGUAAUGUUAAAAAGGGAGGUAUGCAUGAUGUUGAUGCUCUAACCCUUUUAACUAGCUCUAUGGAGGCAUUGACAAGCAAGUUUGACAAGUUCCAAGCAACAUCUUCUGGCUCAUCUGCUGAAACUUGUCAAAUUUGUAAUGUACAAGGUUACAUUGCCCCUGCUUGUCCACAAAAUUCACAUGAGAUGACGAUUGAGGAAGCCAAUGCAUUCUACACUUUAAAUCCCAAAAGGCCAUAUGAUCCUCAUUCAAACACAUAUAAUGAAGGUUGGAAACAUCAUCCAAAUUUCUCUUACAAGAAUACCCAAGCUCAACAAAAUCCACCUCCACCACCACCUCAAAAUAACAAUUAUAAUGCACCACCUGGCUUCCAAGCAAGACCACCUCUAGUCCAAAAACCUAUGCAACCACCUCCACAAAAAUCCAACCUUGAGUUAAUGCUUGAGAACUUCGUUACCACAACGAACAACAACAUCCAACAACUACAAGCUCAGAACAAGCUCAUGGAAAACCAAAUAAGUCAACUUUCUCAUCAAUUGGAAGAUCCUCCUACGAGGGAGCCAUCAAGGGAGGUUGUUGAUGAGGUAGUCUCAAAAGAGAAGGUGGUCGAUGGUACUGCGAUUGAGGAUGAGCCAAAGGCAUCAACUCCACCACCACUUAUUCCAUAUGUGCCGCAAGUUCCUUUCCCGCAAAGGUUGGCUCAAGCUAAGUUAGAGAAGAAGUAUGGAAAAUUUCUUGAUAUUUUGAAGAAGCUUCACAUCAACAUUCCAUUCUUAGAUACAAUAUCCGAGAUGCCAUCUUAUGCAAAAUUUUUGAAGGAUAUGCUCUCUAACAAGAAGAAGCUAGAGGAGAAUGCUACUGUUGUGUUGAAUGCAGAGUGUAGUGCUAUUUUGCAAAAUACACUUCCUAAGAAAUUAGGUGAUCCGGGUAGCUACUCAAUUCCAGUGAAGCUUGGGGAUAUUGAGAUCAACAAGGCAUUAUGUGAUCUUGGUGCAAGUGUGAGUCUCAUGCCGCUCUCUAUUUGCAAGAAACUUCAAAUGGGUGAAUUAAAGCCUACGUGCAUGUCUCUACAACUUGUGGAUAGGUCGGUGAAGUUUCCCUUGGGUAUACUUGAAAAUGUUCCUCUUCGCGUGGGAAAAUUCUUUAUCCUAUGCAAUUUUGUUGUGAUGGAAAUGGAGGAGGAUGCACAUGUCCCUAUUAUAUUUGGUAGACCAUUUUUAGCCACUGCUGGUGCAAUCAUUGAUAUGAAGAAUGGAAGAAUCACUUUCGAGGUGGGAGACGAGAAAAUGGAGUAUUCACUCUUGAAUGCUAUGGGAACUCCUUCCGUGGGAGAAACUAUCUGCCAAGUGGAUGUCCUUGAUGACUUAGAACGUGAGCAACUUCCCUUGAUCAAGACAGAUGAUGCACUGGAAACGGUGUUGGUGGGAAGCAUCAAUGAGGAAGAUUGGGAAACAAGGGAGUACACGCGGCUACUUAAGGAAGGAAAAGCAAAUCCAACCACUGCUCUACUGAAAGAAGUCCUUAGUGUAUCAAGUGUCGGGGAGAGUACUACGCCUCCCGAGGAAAAGACCACUUUCACAUGUCUCUAUGGCACCUUCGCCUAUCGAAGAAUGCCAUUUGUCUUAUGUAAUGCUCCAGCCACGUUCCAACGUUGUAUGAUGGCAAUUUUCUCAGGUCUUAUUGAAAAUUCAAUGGAAGUAUUUAUGGAUGACUUUUCUGUCCAUGGAACAUCUUUUGAUGUAUGUCUUGAAAAUUUGGAAAAGGUGCUCCAUAGAUGUAAGGAAGUCAAUUUAAUUUUAAACUGA